AUGUCACAGAAAAUCCUCAUCUACCUCCUCCGACGGGACCUUCGGGUAGCCGAUAACCCCAUCUUCCACGAGAUCUCCACACUCGCCGACCAGUCGAAACGGCCGUUCACGCACAUCCUCCCGCUCUACAUCUUCCCUGCACAGCAGAUUGAAGUCUCCGGCUUUCUCAAAGACGACGCCAAAUCACCGUUUCCCGAAGCACGCGCACAGGUCAGUGCUAUUUGGCGAUGUGGUCCGCAGCGGGCGAGGUUCCUGGCACAGUCUGUAUGGGACUUGAAGGAGGACCUGGAGAAGCGAGGCAGUGGUCUGGAGAUCCGAGUAGGAAUGCUGGGACAGGUGCUGCAGGACGUGCUCGAGCAGUUCAGCAAGCAGGAAGAUACCGAGGUGACGGGCGUAUGGAUGACGGAGGAGGAAGGCGUUGAGGAGAAGCGCGAGGAGCAUGAUGUGCGGCGGGCAAGCCAAAAGGCUGGCGUCGACUUCAAACUCUGGAUGGAUGAGAAAUACCUGAUCGAUGACCGCGACAUCCCCUUCGACAAGCCCUCCGACCUUCCCGACGUCUUCACCAGCUACCGUAAAUCCGUCGAGCCGCUUCGCGACGCUCCCCGCGCCCAACUCCCCACACCCGAGUCUCUCCCGACCCUCCCCACCACCAUCCCCCCACAAGCCGGCCCCUUCUCAAUACCCUCCACCUACGCCUGCCUCGAAUCCGCCCUCCUCGCCCCCAUCACCGCCUCUCCACCCCUUUCCAAACCGACCCCCUCCCUCCCCUCCGGCGUGCAAUCCGCGCACCCCUUCUCCGGCGGCGCCACGCCCGCCCACGCCCGCCUCCACCACCUUUUAACCUCCGGCGCCGUGACGCGCUACAAGGACACGCGCAACGGCCUCUUGGGCCUCGACUUCUCCACCAAACUGUCCGCGUGGCUGAGUCUGGGCUGCAUCACGGCGCGGCAGGUGCAUUGGGCGCUCGUGGCGUUUGAGGACGGUAUCGAGUCAAAAUACAAGGGCGUCGAGGGUUACGGGAAGGGCGAGAACAAGGGCACCGCGGCCGUGCGCUUCGAGCUGCUCUGGCGGGAUUACAUGCGGUUGUGCACGCGCAAGUUUGGGCCCAGGUUGUUUCGGCGCGGCGGAUUCCGCGAUGAUGAGUCGUAUCCGUGGCGGGUGCCGGCGGGAGGCAAAGGUGACGGAUCAGGAGGAGGUGGAGGAAGAGGUGAAGGAAAGGAGGUGGCGGAGAUGGUGGAGAGGUUCAUGCGUGGCGAAACGGGCAUUAGUCUCAUCGAUGCCAGUCAGCGCGAGCUGUGGUGUACGGGCUACACGAGCAAUCGCGCACGGCAGAAUGUCGCGAGCUUUCUGGCCAAGCAUUUGGGCAUCGAUUGGAGGAUCGGUGCCGAGUGGUAUGAGUUCUGUUUGGUGGAUUAUGAUGUCAGCUCGAAUUGGGGCAACUGGCAGUACGUAGCCGGCGUGGGCAACGACCCCCGUGGCGAAGCCCGUGUCUUCAACCCGGUCAAGCAGGCGCACGACUACGAUCCACGGGGCGAGUACUGCAUGGCGUGGCUGGAGGAACUGCGCGGACUGGACCCGCAAGGCGGGGGCGUGCUCGAGGUAUACCAACCGCACUUGGUCAGCAAGGAGCGCAGGGAAGGGUUGGGUCUCGCGGGCAAAGUGGGUGUGGAGAGGCCGCUGAAGAGGAUUGAUUUUCGGUUAGGGGGGAAGGGGAGGGGUGCUGGUGGUGGAGGCGGUGGGGGAGGGGGUGGAGGAGGGAGGUAUGGUGGGAGUAGUAGGGGGUGGGCCAAGGGGGAGUGGCGGGGGCAAGAGGGGUGGCGGAGGAAGGGUCGACAGGGGAGAGAAGAGGGGCGAGAUGGCAAACGGGAAUGGGAAUGA